CGCACUUUACUAAGUUUGCGUCACCCUGCGUGCAGUCAGUUGUGUUAGGUGCAUUUCUGACAAGUGUAAUAAUGAACUAAUCUCAGUAUCAAGUUUAAAAAUAUGGAAUCUCCUAAUAUUGAUUGUCCGGCUCUGCGUCUUGCUAGAAACCGCAACGUCUCACUUUCUACCUCCACCGAAGUCGCCGAUUCAUUUUCAUUUGUAGUUCUUGCUGAUCCUCAACUGGGUUUGUUCGAAAAGUAUGUCGAGAAGCUGCCACAACCUGAUCAUUGGGACAGAGAAGUGAAUCAUACGACUAGAGCAGUGAAUAUUAUCAAUCGCUUGAUUCCGAAACCAGCGUUUGUCGUUAUUUGUGGUGAUCUUGUUAAUGAUCAGCCAGGACUAAGCUAUCGAUAUAAACAGACGUCAGAUCUGUUGAGCGUGUUAUCUCGUCUGAGAAGUGAUAUCCCAUUGAUUGUAUUACCAGGAAAUCAUGAUGUUGGAGAUCAUCCUGAUGUCAAUGGUAUAGAAGACUAUAAAAGUGUCUGGGGAGAUGACUACUUCUCGUUUGUAGUGAAUCGUGUGAGAUUUCUUGUACUCAAUACACAAUAUUUAUGGGACGAUUCCAAAUGCGUGUCCUUGGCCAGUGAAUUUCGACAAUGGUUAAAUGAACAACUUUCUAUGAAGAAUGAGGACUUUGAUAUGUCGGUUGUAUUUCAGCAUAUACCCUUUUUCUUGGAUAACAUAGAUGAACCAGAUGACUACUUUAAUAUUCCCAAGAAAUGUCGUAAAGAGAUUAUUCAUCAACUUUACAAUAGUGGAAUUUAUUACACCUUCUCUGGUCAUUUGCAUAAAAACAAUGUGAUCACAUAUACUCCACACGAACGUGAUAACAACGUCAAGAGAGAUGAAUUGCCUUUUUCAAUGAUUAGUACAUCAUCAGUUUGUGUACAACUUGGUGAUGAUCAGCCGGGAAUUCGUCUUGUGCGUAUUAAUGUCAGUGAAAACCGUUUAAAACAUGUUUAUUGGUCAUUAGAUGAGUUGGAGAAGAUUUUAGUCACUGGAGAACAACCUGAAUUUUAGUCAUUCAUAGAUGCCCUUGAACAAAGUGUGUUCAUACUUUUAACAUAUUUCUUUUUUAUGUUAAUUUUUCUUAUUCCUUGGCGUUUCCAUUGAAACACAUUGGGCUUCAAGCCUGAUGUUUGAGGUGUCAAUGGGGAAGUUGUUAUCUUUUAUGAAGUGGGGUUGUCAACCUCACGCCUAACCUCCUCCCUUUAACCGGACUUACCACUGGGAAACUGAGGUUUCGGAGUGAGUUGGUGGCCGGGUAAUUGAACCCGCGUGCGAACCCUGUGACUGGUUGACGCACCUGAUGUGAAAUAUCUCUUCUAAACUUUACCUUGUUCUUUUCUAGUUACAUUUCUCAAUUAUUUUUCUAAGUUUCUCUUUGGAGUAUUGUUAUGUAAUUACAAAAGAAAUAUAGUUUCUGAAUCACAGUCGUUUGACUUUUUCUUAUUUAUCGUAAUGAUU